GGUUAGAAUGUGUAUGAAGCAUCUGAGUACAUGUGUCAGAACUGAGGUAAAAUAAACCAUUAUUGCUUAUUAGGGGUUUCCCUAGGAUUACUACGGGUAUAUGGAGUCCAAAAUGUGAAUCUGUAAUAUAUGGUCUUUGGAAAUAUGGGCUGUCUUUUGAAGCCAAUAGCCCUUGAAUUUAUGGCUGGACAGCUCUCUGGGGAAAUCUUUGUUGCUUGUAAUGCUGGCAUUGGGACUGGUGGUUUCCUGGGAAGAGAAUGGGCAGUAGAAGCCCACAGGCUGUGCCCUGUAGAAAACCCUGCAUACAUACAGUAGAUGUAAUACUGGCAUUGGGACUGAUGGUUGAGAAUGGGAAGAGAAUGGGCAGUAGAAACCCUCAGGCUGUGCGCUGUAGAAAAUACUGCAUAUAUACAGUACAUGUGCAUACUUAUGAAAUGGUGAAGAUGCAAGGCUCAGCUGUAGUCCUCAAUAUUCUGAAGUAUUCAUGGAUGACCACAAAUACUUGACCACAGCAGGAAUCUGGUAAUGGUGGUGAAUUGAGGUCACGACUAACACAGGUUGCCAUGGCAGCAGCUGGUGUGGUCAUUGUAAGCCAUAUAGAUUUAACUCUUUCAGUUUCUCUUAAUUAUACAUGAUGUUGGUACUUAUCAUGCAUGUGUGCAUACUUGAUGCUGGGCUAAAAUCCUUCUCUUUUCCUAUAAAAUACCAAUCACAUGCAAAUUUAUGAUGACUGAAGACUAAUUGUAAUCAAUGUACUGCAAGGCAAUGCAUAAUUCUGUCAAACUUAAGUGAAAUACAAGAGACUUGUUUCUGUCUCCAUCUGAUAUUAUCUCAAUAGUAUACAGUCAAUAGAAGACAAGUAUUGAAGCAGAAGAUAAUACAAGCUUUCAAGAGCUCCCCCUAAAUAAUGCAGACAGUUUCACAUAAAUUAGUGACUCCAAAUGUAUAUAUUUACAUGAGGGCGUAGAAAAGAGACUUCCAGCUUUUACAGUGCACUUCAAACAAGGCAUCUGUCUGGAGGAAAAAACUUCCAAGUGUUAAUUGAUUUAGAACUUGUGUCUGUCACCCCUGAGUAAAUAAGGGGGGUUGACAUAAAAGUGUCUUUAGAUGUUAAGCCGAGAGAACCGUAUUCUUUAUACUCGAUCCUCAUCUUUGGGACAGGUUUCCACUCUCACCCUGUUUUAGCCAUUUCAACAGACAGAAGGCUGUGUGUGUAGUAUUGUGUGAACACAUCUAGGAGGCUGUGAGGUUGAUAUACCAGCUUGUACAUUGAUUGACUAGGUAAAUGGGAGAAGUUGGAUGUAUAGGAGAGCCCAAACUGUGUGUGUGUUACAUUGACGUACUGUCAUCUUUAGAUUUCAUGUUGAUCCUUAGACAAAGGACUAUUUCCAUUAUGAUUGUUAAAAGCCAUCCAAGUAGAUGCAAAUCCAAUGUGUAACUAAAUACGUGUACGUCAAGAUUGAAACGAUAUAAAUGAUUUUGAAACCAAAUAUGUGCCUCAUUUUAAUUUGUUAAAAUAUAUUCAACAGAACAAUUUUGAUAAGAAGGAAGAUAUUGAUUCUCUGCCCAGUGCUGUAUUCAGCUCUCUCCCACAGUAUAUAUAUAUACUAAGUGGCACCUGUGGCGGUAACUUCUUUCAUUUCUUUGUUGACAUAUUUUUGUUGGGUUCGUUUAUUGAACCAAAUGAACCAAUAACAAAUCUCCAAAAGAGGUGUAUUUUUCAAACAAAGUGAUGUAUAGUUCGUGAAGCCAUUGGAUUUCGCUAAUAAAGCAGGUAAAUAUUGUCCCUUUAUUUGUUGUGAUUUUAGCUGAGGCUGAAGAGUCUUUGAACCUGAGUGAGAACUGAUCUAUAGGCCAGGGCUGGCCCUGCCAAGGCAGGCAUGCAUAUGUACAUAGAGGUCUAUUGAUGGCUGUCCGGGUGAAAGGAGUAAAGUAAAGAUUUGCUAUAUUCUAGCUGCUUUGUACUGCUCACUUGUGGCAAUAUGGCCUGGCCAGACCUUUGCUGAAAUUACAUCUGGUUGGCUAGAUGUUUGCUUUCAGACAUGGUUACGGCCUCGCAGCUGAAAAAAUGUAAGAAAUGUUCUGCUUUAUUGUAUGCAGAAGCAAACAAUUCCAGUUGGUUUUCUCUGCUCUGUGAUGCUUGUUUGACAAAUUUAAAGCAGUGUUGUAUUUCUGGAGGUUGGAUAGGUUGGAUAUUGUUUGUAAAAUAAAGCACUAUUUCCUGUUUUUUGUUGAGUAGUUUUUCUGCUGCCAAUUAAACUGGUAUGAUUCUUGUUUAGGUACAAUAAUAAAAUAGAUUUAAGAUAAUACCCCAUGCACCAUAAUUUGCCAUCUAUAAGGUAAGUUAUCUUGAAGGAGCACUCCUGCAUGCUUGAGGUCUCCAGGUAAAUUUAUGACAGUAGAGCAGUGUGUGUCCAGUGUUAUCUACUAUAAAGACGCUUCAUAACCAUUGCCUGGCUCCUGGCUCAUUUAUUAUGGAGGGAAGUCAUGGCAAGGUUUUUGUUGUAGCAGCCAAACCAGAGCAUUAUCUGUCAUCAUAACUUCUGAAGAUAAUGUGGUGGCAGUGUUGGCUUUGUUAUGAAGUGUGUCUCAUCAGGUCUUGUUAUCAUAGAUAGAAUGGAGACCAUGACAGAGCAAACGGCUCCGUGUCACCACAUGCCACCCUCUAAUGGGGAUGAUGUCUCAGGAUUUUCACCUUAUCUCUCUCUCCACUUAAGGAGUUGAGUUAAUGAGGAUCCAGUCAUCAAAAGGUUUCCAUUUAAGUGGAACGGUGUCCGAGCCAGCGAAUCCCAUCUUCUCCGAACCCUCCAGGAACUACAGUGUCUCAAUCAGUUUUGACAGAUGCAAAAUUACCUCAGUGAAAUGUGGCUGUGGAAACAAAGAUAUCUUCUGGUGUCACCAUGUGGUGGCGUUAUCCUUGUAUCGGAUACGCAAAGCCAGCAACAUACAGCUCAGGGUGCCAAUAUCAGAAACACUGCUGCAGAUGAGCCGCGAGCAGCUGCAGAAAUUUGCUCAGUAUUUGAUCUCAGCUCACCAUACUGACGUCUUGCCAACAGCACAGAAACUAGCAGACGAGAUUUUACAAGCCAAGUCCCAAAUUAAUUUAUUUGCUGGUGCCCCAGAUCCUACAGCUGGUGCUUCUGUUGACGAUGACAGUAGUUGGCACUUAGAUGAGGAGCAGGUUCAGGAGCAGGUGAAAACUUACUUAUCUCAGGGAGGCUACUACAACUCAUCCAACCAACUCAAUGCAAUGUUUGCUAAGGUGCGUGAAAUGCUGCGUGCACGUGAUUCCAAUGGUGCUAGAAUGCUGACUCUGAUCACGGAGCAGUUUUUGGAAGACCCACGGCUGCCAGUGUGGAGGACCCAAGGCACGCCCAUGACAGACAAGUGUCGCCAACUCUGGGAUGAAUUAGGUGCUCUAUGGGUGUGUGUGGUGCUGAACCCAAAUAUCAACCAAAGUGACAAAGACCACUGGAAUGAGGCGUUAGACAAGUGGUCUCUAAUGGCGUCCUGCCCCCUGGAGGACGCAGAUAACAGGAGUGCCUAUGACAACCAGGAGAGCGAUGAUGACAGUUCUGAUGACGAGAACCCUGGUCCCUCCACACGCCCACAGAGACCAAAGCCGCGCACCAUAUUCCAUCGCGCGUUGGAGGGUUGUCAGCUGACAUGGAACAAUCCUCAUUUACAAAUGGUGCUACGAGAAGAUGUCUGCUACUAUGAGGAGAGAUGUGAUAGGUCCACCAUGUUUGACUCCCAGGGAUUACCUUUAUGGGAUGAGGACAUUUCAACAGCUUGUGCCAGAGUAGAUGCUUUGCGUUCUCAUGGUUACAUGAAAGAAGCUCUUCGAUUGGCUGUGGUCAUUGUUCGCACCAUGAAAAAGAGGCAGCGAGAAGAUCAAGAGAAAUACAGGAAAGGACUAGAAAAAGGGUUUAAGCAUAGCAGCCCCAAGCAGCAGUCUCCACCGCCCCCGGUGUCCCCUGAGGGCUGGAUAGGCCACCCCCUGGACCCCAUUGGCUGCCUCUUUGAUACUCUGCUGGAAGCCUCCACAGCCAUAGAUGACUCUAGCUCUGAUUCCUCAGUUGAUUCAUUCAGCACGCGAGCCUUUGGUGGCAGUGACAGCAGCAGUGUUACCAUAGCAACCAGGUAUCAACAUCUGCCGAUAUCUGGUAACCGUGACCACACGGAAUCCUACCUCACUCUGGCCAUAGAAGUGGCGCUCAUGGGUCUAGGACAGCAGCGUCUGAUGCCUGGUGGCGUCUAUGCCCAGGAGAAAGCGUGCAAACAGGAGGAGAAGUUGAUUGGUCGGCUGACAGAGAUUCCGUUGGAUUCUACUCUCAUUGCUGUCAUGAGAAAACAGGCAGUGUUGUUGUUAGAAGGUGGUCCCAAUAGUGGCCUGGGUGUUGGUAUUCACUCUGAGAGUAUCCCUAUGCACACAUUUGCCAAGUACCUGUUCACCAGUCUUCUCCCCCAUGACGCAGACCUGGCGUACAGAGUGGGACUACGCGCCAUGAGACUUCCCGUACUUGAAGACAGUGAUGACACAGAGGAUGCUUUCAGUAACUUAGCACCUAUGGUGAUCAGUCGUUAUCCUCGCUGGUUUACUUUAGGACAUCUGGAAUCUCAACAGUGUGAACUCGCCUCCACCAUGCUCAGUGCUGCUAAAACGGACAUGCUACGAUUGCGCACAGUUCUGGAGUCUGCUCAGCGUAACAUCCACAGUUCGUCACAGUUAUUUCGUGUUGCCCAGGAUGCAUUUAAGAUUGCCACCCCAGCUGAGGGUCCCAAGCAUGGUCCUCUGCUGAAUGUGGCCCUGGAGCUUGGUCUACAGGUGAUGAGAAUGACCUUGUCCACCUUAAACUGGCGACGUCGUGAGAUGGUGCGUUGGCUGGUCACAUGUGCUAUAGAGGUGGGGGUGGAUGCCCUUAUGUCUAUCAUCAGGAACUGGUAUACAUUCUUCACUCCACUAGAAGCUACAGGUACAGUUGCUACCACGGUGAUGUCACCAGCCACCAUCAUCCAGAUGUCUCUGAACUACCACCAGCAGGAGAAGCUGGCAAGCUGUGCACGGACUCUGGCCUUACAGUGUGCCUCCAAAGACCCUCCAAACUGUGCCUUGUGUGCCCUGAAUCUGUGUGAGAAAGACCCCGUAGCAUUUGAGACAGCUUAUCAAAUUGUGAUUGAUGCCGCGGAGCAUAUCAUGACAUCUAGUCAGUUGUUUACCAUUGCUAGGUAUAUGGAACACAGGGGUUACCCUCACAGGGCGUAUGAACUGGCCCUCUUGUCUUUAAAAAAUUUACACCUGGCAUACAACCAAGACACCCAUCCUGCCAUCAAUGAUAUACACUGGGCGUGCGCGUUGAGUCAUUCCUUAGGCAAAAAUGAACUUUCCACUGUGAUACCUCUGCUCAUGAAGAAUGUCAAGUGUGCAACAGUAUUAUCCGACAUUCUGCGACGCUUCUCCAUGACAGCUCCAGGCAUGGCCACGGCAGCCGCUGACGGAAAGAGGAAACCACUCAAACUGCUCUCCUUUGAGAAACCUCCAUUACGGCAGCUGUUGGAUGCAACAAUCCACGCCUACAUUAGCACAACACACUCUCGCCUGACACACAUCAGUCCGCGGCACUAUGGCGACUUCAUUGACUUCCUGAGUAAAGCGCGGGAGACAUUUCUCCUGGCUCACGAUGGCCACUUACAGUUUGCCCAGCUCAUAGAGAACAUGAAAUUCAUUUACAAAGGAAAGAAAAAACUGAUGUAUUUGAUCAAGGAAAGGUUUGGCCUUUGAUAUUGAGGCCCAGAUGAUAAAAAAUAAGUAAUUCCUUGGGAUCUCUUUUUGAAAAUACUAUGUAUUUGUGCAAGAUUGCCAAUUUGAUAUAUAUAUAAAUAUAUAUAUUCCUAUAUCUGUAUCUAUAUAUAAUAUAUUCCACAGUGUUAAUAAGUACAGUUGUUGUUGUGUAUACUUUAUGUUGUUGUUCUCCAUGUUCAAUUCACUGGCACUUGAGGAUAUGCAGACCCAAAUGAUAUUUCUGUACUGGGGCAAAAAGCAACAUUAUAA